UUAACCUGGGAAAAAAGAAGAAAAACAUCAGUCUGCUUACUCCAAGGAGAAAUAGGCAAUGGAUCCCAAAAGCCAGAGAGUGAAACUUAAUGACGGCCACUUCAUUCCUGUCCUGGGAUUUGGAACCUAUGCACCUCCAGAGGUUGCUAAGAGGGAUGCUCUGGAAUUCACCCCAUUUGCUAUAGAGAUUGGAUUCCGCCAUAUUGACUGUGCUCAUGCCUACCAAAAUGAAGAGGAGGUUGGCCAGGCCACAAGCAAGAUUGCAGAUGGCACUGUGAAGAGAGAAGACAUAUUCUGCACUUCAAAGCUUUGGUUAACUUCCCUUCGACCAGAGUUGGUCCGACCAGCCUUGGAAAAGUCACUGAAAAAUCUUCAACUGGACUAUGUCGAUCUCUAUAUUAUGCAUUAUCCACUGGCUUUGAAGCCAGGGGAGGAAUUAUUUCCAAAAGAUGAAAAUGGAAAACUGAUAUUUGACUCAGUGGAUUUCUGUCGCACAUGGGAGGCCCUGGAGAACUGUAAGGAUGCAGGGCUGACCAAGUCCAUCGGGGUGUCCAACUUCAACCACAAGCAGCUAGAGAAGAUCCUGAACAAGCCGGGGCUCAAGUACAAGCCUGUCUGCAACCAGGUGGAAUGUCACCCUUAUCUCAACCAGAGGAAACUGUUGGAUUUCUGCAAGUCACAUGAAAUCGUUCUUGUUGCCUAUGCUGCUCUGGGAUCCCAACGAGUAAAAGAAUGGGUGAACCCAAACCACCCCGUUCUCCUGGAGGACCCGGUUCUCUCUGCCAUUGCCCAAAAGCACAAGAAAACGGCAGCUCUGGUUGCCCUUCGCUACCAGAUACAACGUGGGGUUGUGGUUCUGGCCAAGGGUAACAACAAGAAGUGGAUCAAAGAGAACACGCAGGUGUUUGACUUUGAACUGACUCCAGAAGACAUGAAAGCAAUCGAUGGCCUCAACAGAAAUAUAAAAUAUUACGAAUUUCACCUUGGUGUCGGUCAUCCUGAGUUUCCAUUCUCUGAAGAAUAUUGACUCUCACCUCUCACCGUGGUUCUUUGAGAAUGUUUUGCUUCUAGGGCAGUGAAGAUAUUUGUAGUUUGUGAAGGUGCUUAAAUGAAAUGUCUGAAACUUUGAAAGCUUGCUUUUCCUUUUAAAACAUUUAACACUUUAUGAAACAAUAAAGACUUCAAAGUAAGAAUA